UUUCGAGUUUCCUCCACAGCAAAGUGGAAAACUUCCGGCUUCAAGACUUUUGGAAGAUGCAGUCAAACAAUUUCUCUUUAACUCUCGACUGCUUUUUUGCAACUCUGUAAACUACCAGUUCCUGCGGUUGACGAGUUGAGUCAUGUGGUGCAGUCGACGGCCAAUCAGCUGCAUAUUGCCCGAGCGCCUCUUGCAGCUGUUUGACUGAUGGAAAUGACGUUAGCAUUUGCCACGGUUGAGAAGAUGUUCUUCUCGCUUUGCCAAUUUGUUCUGCUCUUUUACGCCCUCGGCCGCUUAGACGGCCCGUCUGUGCGAAGGCGGCGACGUCGGCGACGUCCUUCUCGUUUAGACAAAAGCAAGCUUGGCGAGCUCGCCGGGCCGCAGUUUAUUGGACCGCUGUGUCUUUUGCUCUCGUUUGAGAGUGUGUGUGUGGUUGUGUGUGUGGAAGACAGUCCAAAUCUGCUCUCUCUUUCCUCUAGCACGCGGACCACACACAGUCACCCACUUCAACCACCACAAAGGCCAGCGAGAGCAGUUGCAGAAGCUGAUGACUUGACUGCGCACACGGCGCUGACUUUUCUUAUCCUGCCGUGUUUGCGAACCGCGUUGAUACGAAACAGACUCUAGCAUUUGCUCCUCCCUUUGCUUUUCUGCCUUUUUGUGUCUCUAGACUCUGAGAACAAUAUGACUCUGCUUUCCCAUAGUGCCACCUCUGGAAUAUGUACUGUAGAGAUUUGCAAACACGACGGCACGCCGAGGACUUGGUGGAUGCUUGAUAACGAUGCCAAGGUUGAAGACCAGCGUUUCAGUUAUAUGUCAUAAAAACAAAUCUACCUGUAAUGACUCCGAAAUGAUGAGGGAAGAGGCACGGUAUCAUUUUUCAUUUUCUCUUCCUGCUCCUCUUCGGCCCUGUACAGUUAAAUCUUAACAUAACAUGACAGGAGGCUCGUCCUGACAGAAGUUUAUUGCCACUCCAGUGAGAGAUAGUCAUCAUGUUGACAUGGCUGAGUGGAGAAUUACGUAGUUACCCCCGUUAUGUGUUUAACCCACCGGGCGCUCCUAGGCUCCCACAUCCUGCUCGUAUCUGUGCCCUUGGUUCCCACAGCGAACGCGGAUGGGAAGGUUGCAAAAACGACCGGGAUGGGAUAAAAAUUCACCAUUUGUGAGGUCACAUGUUGUUAAAUCCAAAGCGGCAGCAGGGGCUCGUUCCAGCGGUGACCUCGCCGCUGUUCAUUUUGAUGGAGAAAACCAGGAAGUUCUCACACACAAAUAAAGGAUUUCCACGCAUGUCAGCCAAGAAAAACAAAUUAUUUCCCCAUUUGGAUUUUCAAACAAAUGCCCCGCUGAUGGCUCCCAUCCCAAACUUCUGUAUAAUGACGAACAAGCCCAGAAAAGAUUCCACAUAGGAAGAGGUGAAGGGAAGAAGCCAGUGGCGUCAAGAUGUUGCGUCCCAGUCACACGUAAGGUCAACAACGAGCCAUUCGUGGAAAUGUGGUGUGCGUGCCAUCGGAAGUACAAGAGACGGUCAAUGUCUUGCCCAGACUAAAAAUACAGAGACAUAACCAUUCGCGACGAUGCGGACCUUUGCGACCCAACCCUCACUGACGAUGAGAGCAGCUCCGAUGAAACGCAAAUGAGCGACAUGACUCUCAACAUGACAACAGUGGUAACAAACAGCAACAAGAAAAUUCGGAAGACGGUGAUCAACCAAAUGAUGGAGUGAUACUUGAAUCAUGUCUCCAACCCAAUGAUGUGGCAGAGGAAAUUAUGAGUUUUACAGAGGGCAUUUAUUGUGUUGCUCCUGCAGAAAGAAACAACCCAGUAAGUUUUUUCAAGACUCCCAAGCUUGAGGCCAUGGCUUUUCCGGUGCAGUUUCCCACUGGUCAGAACACCCUCGAUGAAGAGAGAGCAAUAAAACUCACACCAAGCAAAUAUUUCCCAACCCGUCUGUGUUGCGUGGAUGAACGCUUUGCUCGAGAUACCAACUACUUGUUCUUUGCCCAGUUUGUGACUGAAAUUUACCAGGCAACGUCGAGCAUGACAAUACAGCUGCGCAAAGGUAAGCCUUUUACCAGGGAUGGUCGAAGGAUAAACAAUGCCAUGCUUCAGGACAAACGUGAAGUUGAGAAACUGGUGCGCAGCAAAGAUGCUGUCCGAUUCAUGACACCGCUGAGAGGUACGCCGGCCUAUUGGGAGAAAACCACCAAAGAUCUUUUUGCUAUGAUCCGGCAGCUGGGCACACCCACGUUCUUUUGCACAUUUUCUGCUGCCGAAAUGCGUUGGGAAGAGGUCAUCACCGCCAUCAAAGCGCAACAAGGUGAAGUAGUGAAUUUCGCCCAACUUGACUGGGCUACCAACAAGUGUGAGAUCCUACGCAGCAAUCCUGUGACAACGAUGCGCAUGUUUGACAAGCGUGUGGAAGCUCUGUUCAGAGAUUUGAUCCUCUCUCCGGCGCAACCGAUUGGUGAGGUCGUCGACUACUUUUACCGACUGGAGUUUCAACACAGAGGAAGUCCUCACAUUCAUUGUUUCAUAUGGGUUUGAGGUGCCCCUGUAUUUGAGGAAGCCACGGAUGGAGCCAUCUGUCAUUUUGUGUCUCGCUACAUCUCGGCCGAGCUGCCGGACCCGCAGAAGGAACCGGAAUUGUACAAAAAGGUCACAGAGGUUCAGAUGCACAGCAAAAGUCACUCCAAAUCGUGCGUCAAACACCAAGGUGCAAAUUGCCGCUUUGGAUUCCCCAAACAACCGUGCGAUGAAACAAUGAUCGUCAGACCUGCGCCCGUCGACGACGACAAUCGAGAUCAACGCAAUGAAGAUCGGUUGGCGUCGAAUGCCAAGCUUGUUCCCGUGCUAAAUCUGCUGAAUGAGCCUGAAACGGCAUCCCUGACUUUGCCUCAGCUACUGGCUAAAUGUAAGCUCACCGGUGACGAGUACAUGAACUGUUUGCGCAUGACGGCCUCGUCGAGUUCUGUCGUGCUUAAGCGAGAACCGAAAGACUGCUGGGUCAACAACUACAACCGCCAUUUGCUUCUUACCUGGGAUGGAAACCUGGACAUCCAAUACAUCGUGAAUGCCUACUCUUGCAUCGCAUACAUCUGCAGCUACAUCAGCAAGGCUGAACACGGUCUGAGCCAAUACCUGAAAUCGGUCAUUGAAAACUCCCGCUGCGCAAAUGUCAACGAGAACGUGGAGGAAAAUGUCCCGGACUACAACGUCAGGUCCAAAACAACGCAAAUGUCCAUCGUGACAGAGCCUGCUGCCAUCGAUCCCGCGGUGUUACGCGACAUGUAUCGUAACCUGAACCAAAAGCAAGCGUCCGUCUUCUACAAGGUCAGAGAUUGGUGCAUAAAACGUGUGUGUAGCUCAAAGCCCAUUGAGCAGUUCUUCUACCACAUCAACGGUGGCGCCGGGACCGGCAAAUCUCAUCUCAUCAAGUGUAUCCACGCUGAGGCUACCAAAAUACUGCAGAGACUACCACGACUGGCUGAGGAGGCCGACAUUUCCAAGCAAACGGUUGUUCUCGCAGCUUUCACUGGCACGGCUGCGUUCAACAUUUCCGGGGCAACGUUGCAUUGUCUACUCAAACUGCCGAGAAGUCUCAAACCCCCGUACCACGGGCUGGGCAAUAAACUGGACGAAGUCAGAGCCGAGCUGUCCAUCGCCGAAAUACUCAUCAUCGAUGAGAUUUCCAUGGUGUCGAAAGACCUCUUCGCCUACGUGAAUGCCAGGUUGAAACAAAUCAAAGGAAUUAAUUUACCUUUCGGUGGCAUGUCUGUUCUUGCUGUUGGAGAUUUCUUUCAGCUCCCUCCCGUGAGACAGUCCAAACCUCUGUGCGUGUACGAUCCUACGCGGCCGGACCACUGGCGUGACGACUUCAAAAAGAUCACGCUCACCGCCAUCAUGAGGCAGAAAGACGAUGUCGCCUUUGCCGAACUGCUGAACCGACUUCGCGUCAAAGAAAAGUCAGAUGAACUGUCGGAAAUGGACAGAGCUCUCCUUGCCACGAGGUGGAUGGCCAUAACUCUGCGAUGCUGGAACUGUCUCAUAAGGACAUUGUGCAGAUUGACGCGGAUGACUACAAGAAAGACAAAGGAACUGGCAGAAUGGCAAGGUCUGUGCAACGGGAUGUUUGCAAAAGUUGUCAAAUUGGUGAACUAUCCAAAUGAAGCCCGUGUCCAGAAACUUGGCUUGGAACUCGAUCAUGUGAGUAACACAGCGCGUGCUGCUAACCCCGUGUACAUUGACAGACUGGAGGAGAAGCUGAACAAGGCUGGAGUGACGCGCCGACAGUUUCCCAUCAAGCUUGCUUUUGCCUGCACGAUCCACAAGGUACAAGGCAUGACAACGUCACAGGCUGCAGUUUCGCUGAAAGGUGUUUUCGAACACGGCAUGGGGUACGUAGCUCUGAGUAGAGUGACUUCGCUCAGUGGUCUGCAUAUUCUGCAUAUGGAUGAGAGAAGGCUUCAUGCAAAUCCACAAAUCACUGCUGCUCUUGCUGAGAUGGCAGAGGAUUCUUUGGAGAGCGUCAUGCCCCUCCUUCGCGUGAUGCCGUCGGUAGAUCGGGCAAAUCACCUGGUUGUCGUCCAUCAUAACACCGAAGGGCUGUCUUGUCACGUGCAAGAUAUCGUGUCUCAUCACGAACUGCUUUUCGCUGAUGUUUUGUGCUUCACAGAGACACACCUCCAAGGAUCAGUGGCCGAUGGACGUGCUUGCUUGGAAGGCUACAUGAUGUUUUGCAGGAACCGAAGUGAUUCUUACACAAACUGUCCUGACUUGGCUACAAAACGUGGUGGCGGCGUAGGGACACGAAGAAAGAAUCCGAUCUGGCGAAAGCCCGUGCGGCUCUGGACUCAGAGGCCACAGAGCGUGAACGUCUGCAGGUGAAGUUGUCCAAGCUGAAGAUUGAUUUUGACGAGCUGGAAGCAAGGUGAGGCCCGCCCGGCCAUUUUAUCAAAAAUAUGCCAACAACAAAAUGGAUAGUGGAUAUUAGUGCUGACACAAUUGCUUUGCUGCUGGGGCCACACCCCAAGGAAAAUCCUCCUCGUGACUAAUUGCAGCUCAAUUGGACUUUCAGUUAACCAUCCCAUAUGUGGGACUCACGAUGGGAUCACCGGUGUUUGAGUGAUGUUCCAGUUAUUUAUUUUCUUUCUGUGUGUUCGCAAUUGUCAUGGUGAUAAUACUAGCCAACUUACAUUGGCUCCCGGUCCAUUUUAGAUGUGACUUCAAGGUUCUUCUACUAACCUAUAAAUCGCUGCAUGGCUUAGCGCCUUCAUAUCUCGUCGACCUAGUUGUUCCUUAUGUUCCGUCUCGUAACCUUCGUUCGCAAAACGCUACCCUUUUAGCGACACCGAGGGCCAAGAAAAUGUCUGCAGGCUCUAGAGCAUUUUCUAUUCGGGCUCCAGAGCUUUGGAAUGCCCUACCAAUGGAUAUUAGGACUGCUACCUCAGUAGAAACAUUUAAGACACGUUUAAAGACACAUUUCUAUGACAUGGCCUUUAACUAACCUGUAGUGGCCGAUUCGGCUGGAGUUUGUUUUCUCUCCCUCUCCACCCCCUCCCUCCCUCCCUCCCCGGCCGGGGAGGUGGUUAGGUGGCACCCAUGCUGACAGCGGCUAUCUGGAUUCUCGUGGGCCAAUUCAGGAUGGGGGAACUGCAGCUCAACCUCCUCGAAGACACUGCCAGGACAAUUGAGGGCUCCUUCGGCAGCCCUCUGCUAUGACAUGGACAUCCACUUUUUAUUUAAUUGAUUUUCAUGUUGUAUCAUUUGUGCCCUCUCUGCAUCCAUUUCAACCUGGUGAUCCUGAAAGGGGGAUCCUUCCAUCUGUGGUCCCUUCUCAAGGUUUCUCAUUUUCCCCUGGUAGGGGUUUUUAAGUUUUUCCUUGCCCUUUUGGGAGCUUAAGAUCAGGGGAUGCUUUGAGAAUAAUUGUCAAUUUCUGUCUAUGUGAAGCCCUUUGAGACUGCUUGUGAUUUAGGGCUAUACAAAUAAACUUGACUUGACUUGUGUUGGAAUAAUUUAAGUAAAGCCUUGUACUUAUUACGAGUUUAUGGCUUUCCUUUCAUCUAGGUUCUUUCUCUUGAGUGACUUUUGAUCUCUGUCAGCCAUAUGUGUCCUUCCUGUCCUUAUGUUAUCUGUGUGUUUUUGUUCCUGUAAGAGGUAAACACAGUUUGAAGUGGUUGCGUACAAGUUAUCCCAUAUUUACUCAAGUCUUGUUCAAGGGUUUCGGACAAGUCACUCAUUGUUAUUGCGUGUUAAUUUACUAAGUAGAUAAAGUCUAGCCAAGGUUUAGUUGCAUUGUUCCACAGGAGUUAUCUGAUCUUGCUCGCGGACGACUCGGCCAUGACAACUGUAGAAGAACAGAUGGACAAACUCUGCGGGGGUCACGGGCCGACAAUGAAGUGCUAAUUCACACCACACUACAUUCCUUAGCUAAUCAGCGUUGCUACAGACACAAUCUUCCCUCCCUUUAGUGUAGCAACGCCUUUGUAACCAGGGCAACCAAAACAUUAAAUAGAGGAGCACGUGGAGGGAGAACUCAGAAUUGAUGGAGAUUGUAACCGAGUUUCCUCUCUCUAUCGUUCUCCUCGCGAGAAAAGGCUUAAUA